AUGUUUGAUAGAUAAAAAUCAAAAUAACUAAAACUUGUGAGACCCUUUAGUCUCCCUAGUUAAAUUUAAAAACUAAAGAGAAUUAUGACUGCAUACUCAACUCAUUUGAGAAUGAUAAAAUUAGAAUAUUAUGGGAGUCUUGUUUUGAAGUAUUAUAGUAAUAUCUAAAUGGAAUUGGAGGAGGUCCAUUUAUUGUAAAUGAUGUAGAAUGCAUGUUAUCCAAAUUUAGCUGCUAUUAAAUGA